UUUAUUUCGCAUGGAGAGCGAGAAGUAAAGUCUGCUGCGAUGGUGACAAUGACGAAGGAGAAGAAGAGGAGAAGAUGGAGCAGUUCUUGCCCUAAUAAGGAAUUCCAGGAGGCGCGUGACAGGAGGAGAGAUGAGCUGAGACAAAGGGAGGAGAUAACCGAGAAGAAGCAAAACAAGGCACGGAGACUGAAUGAGCAAUCGAGUUGGGUUCCCUGUUUUGAAUGGGCCGACUUUACAGAGGAUAUCGAGUUUCCAAGGUCGCCGAUUAUCUUCCCGACGCCAUACAACAACACGGAUGAUAUUAAAAAAAAACAACGAGACGACGAUGGCUUAGAUCUUAAGCUAACACUUUAGCUACCUUUUUGCUUUUUCUUUGUUAAAUUACAAACUAAUUCAUAAAAGAAUUCAAUAGUUGCUUUUGGUUUC